AUGAAUCUAGUAAAAAUCGCAAAACAUCUUCUCUAUUUAACACAAUCAGAAUUUGGCUUUGAAGAUUCAACACCAAAUGAUAAUGGAAUUUUUGCAUCACAACAAUUAUUCAAAAUUUUAAAAUCAUUUAAAGAUAGUUAUUUUAAUGAACUGUAUACUUAUCAAAGUCUCGAGUUCGACGAUGAAUAUAAUGAAACGACGGAUGAAAAGGACACCACUGAUGAAGAAGAAUCAGCUGAUGAAGAAGAGAAUAUUGAUGAUUAUGAUGAAAAUCAGUACUCAAAUAUUUGCAAUAAUUUUACGUUAGAAGAGAUGGAAAAAAUAGUGGAAUGGGUUGACGAACAUCCAAAUUGUAAAGGACGGGGAACGUUUUCCUGGGAUUUUGGCCCACUGUGA